CUUUUACCCCGAGUGAGCCCAUGAGCUCUGCAAAGAGCCAGUCCAGCCCCGAGCGGAGCGAUCCCCGCUCGAAGAAGAUCAGGUUGCAAUCCUGCCUUUGUAGCUUUUACACCACACCCCUUUCAGAGUGAAUUAGUAGGGGAGGAUCAUAUUCAGCUCCGAUUCAGGAAUUCCUUCUUUCCUCAAGAACUGUUGCUAGGAGUUCGGGAAGAUGAAAGGAAGGAAGAAGGGAUGUUCCUCACCUUCAACCUUUAUCUUGCUGUUCUGCUGUGUUGCCGGGUGUGCAGCUGCCGGGUCGGAGGGCAGCGAAGAGGAGCAUGUUGUGGGUGCUGCUCUGCCCCCACUGAUACUUGGGCACUCGGUGUGUGCCAUGAAAGCAGAUGAUGGCCCGUGCAAAGCCAUCCACGUGCGCUACUUCUUCAAUAUCCAAACCCGUCGGUGUGAAGUGUUUGAGUAUGGUGGGUGCCAUGGCAACGAGAACAACUUCCUGACGCUGGAAGAAUGUCAGAAGAAGUGUGUGGUAACAGAAUUGUCUGGGAAGAUGGUGGCAACACGAAUUAAGAAAGAAAAACCCGACUUCUGCUUCCACGAGAAAGACCCCGGAGUGUGCCGGGGUUAUUUUACCAGAUACUUCUACAACAGAGAGACAAAGUCAUGUGAAGUGUUCAAGUAUGGGGGGUGCCUGGGAAACCAGAACAACUUCAAGAAUUUGGAAGACUGCCAGAGUACCUGCCAAGAAAACUCAAACUUAUUGCCAAUUGUCACAGUUGAAGAGCAUCCUAACACUGUGAACAGCAGUUCCCCAGCAGAAGAACCUGAAGAGUUCCCUGGGAUUUUUGUAAAUUUGUUGCCAACUCCUCCAAACGAGCAGUCCAACACUCUGAACAGCAGUUCCCCAAAGGAGGAGCACAACCAAUUUCCCAUUUUUUUUGAACCACCACCUAUCCCUUCUUUCUGCAUGACCCCUAUGGACAGAGGACUUUGUAGAGCCAAAGAGUUGAGAUUUUUCUACAACUACUCGAGCGGAAGGUGCCACCCGUUCAGCUACAGCGGCUGUGGUGGGAACGAGAACAAUUUCACCUCCAGAAAGUCGUGUUUGAGGAUCUGCAGGAAAGGAUUCAAUAAGAAAAGAGGUGGAAGAAAGUUAAUAAAAAUCAAGAAGAAAAGAAAGAAAGAGUCGUUAAAAGCUCUGGGAGAGGAAAUCAUCCCUGAAAGAAUAUAACUUUGAUUUUUAUGGAAACGUGAAGUAAACUGCUCUUCACCUGUGAAUGAAAGCCUUCGGUGUACACCACUAAAAUAUAUUUACUGUCCUGAUUAUUUUGAUUAUAUAUUAUUAAGCUGCUUAAAUUUUUAUUAUGUAUUCCUCAUUCAUGUUAAUAAAUGUUACCUUUUACUUUGAUAAAGGAUUUUAAAUUGUAGUUUGGUUGUAUAUAAUUGACAGAGCUGCAACAGGUCAACAGACUGUGAAUAUAUAACUCGUAAUGGUUAAAAUGUAGACAAGAUUCAAAUUCACUUUAUUACCCCAUUAUUCUUUUUGAAUUCUAUUUUUGUUCUAAAGCAAGCAUAAUGCCUGUCAAAGAAUCAUCACUUGUCAAGCAUGAUUGUUUCAAUCCAUGAUUAAAAGAUAAAUCUAUGCUGUAAAGAGGAAA